ACAGAGGGCAGAGCAGAGAGAUGGCUUUAUUCAGGGUCCUCUUCCUGAUCUCCUUGUGUAUUGCGGGCCGUGAGGCCCUCAGCGUAUUGGACUGCGGGGCGUACGCCAGACGACCAGAAUACAGUGAUAUUUCUGUGGUGUGCGGCACAUCUGCCAUUGACCUGGCAAUUCAAAUCUGUCCGGUUAUCUACACCGGCUACAACAAGAGCUUACUGAUCCUCAACCGCAUCCGGGACAAUGCGGACUGUCAGGGGACGCUGGACACCUCGGUGGCACCGCCAGUGCUGAGAUUUAGCUUCCCCAUCAGAGAAGGAAACGCCUGUGGGAGUAACUUCUUGACCACGAGCGCACCAGGGACAGGAUUAUUCUCAGACUUCUCCAACAUCCAGACGGUCAACGUCAGCGGGGUGGUCCGAUCCUUUGACCCCACCAUUGGGACGAUCACCUACAAUGCUGAGCUCAAGUAUUACUACUCAUGUGCUUAUCCUCUGGAGUAUCUCAUCAACAACACCCAGGUGGAUGUGUCAUCCUCCUCCAUUGCUUUGAAGGACAACAAUGGGAGCUUCAUCAGUACCCUCAGCAUGGCCUUGUACCAGGAUAUAAAUUACACCACGCCCCUUGUCUUGCCACGCCUGGGUGUCGAGCUGAGAACAAACAUCUACGUGCAAGUGGCUGCAUCCAACCUGACAUCCCAGUACUUUGUUCUUCUGGACCGGUGCUACGCCUCGGUGAAUCUGCAGCCCUCCAACUCCACCUACUUUAAUCUGUUUGUCUCGUGCUCCAUAGAUCAGCUCACCACCAUGCUGGAGAACGGGGAUAGCCAAAAGGCCCGCUUCUACUUCCCGGCAUUCCGCUUCAUUGAGCAGCAGAAUGAGACCAUCUCCACCUACUAUCUGCACUGCAUCACCCGACUCUGUGAGCGCAGCACCUGCAGCACCUUAAAGCAAUGCAACAGGAAGAGGAGGAGUGUGGAGACCACGGUUGUCCAGGAGAGCAUCACUGAGCCUUCGGUGCUCACAGUGGCUAUAAGGGCCGAGACAGAAACCUCCAUUCUCUCAAAAGAAGAGGCCUUGUCUGCUGGCCAGUCUGAUGGCAAGGGCGCGUCUGUUGGCCUGGGAAUUGCUGUGGCUGUCCUCAUUGUGAUAGGGAUGGCAGCUAUUUUGAUGGCCACAUCUUUUUAUCGAAAACUGAAGCGGUUAAGCUAGCAGCAGCACCAUAAUGUUGAUGAACAGAGGUCAGCCUGGGCUAAAUGACAUAACGAGUUUGACAGGGUGACAUUCACAUACUGGUGGAGGUGCAUAAUGUAUGUAUGUAGGACUCUGCUUUACUGAAUCAAACUAUUGAUUGGAGCACUUAAUGUUUCUUUCCAAUCCUUCACAGACUGUUAGAAGUUAUGGAAGGUGAAGUCUGAAUAAUGCACCUGCCGUGAUACACUGCAUGUUAAAAAGGAAAGAAAGAAAGAAAGAAAGAAAGAAAGAAAGAAAGAAGAUAUUUAAUUGUCACCUUGAAGGAGUAGUUCAACAUUUUGAGAAAUACUUAUUUGCUUCCUCCAAGAAGUUAUAGUCGGUACAUACAGUAACUGCCUAUAAAACAGCAAAUUCUCCAUUUUACAAAUGAAUUAAACAAACAAGAUAUAAAGUGUUAAUUAAAGCUUUAGAAGUUCUGGUGGUUGAACUAACUUAGUUACUCAGAGCCAGACUCGCUGUGUUUCCAGUCUUGACACUAAGCUAAGCUAAUCUGCUGCUGGUUCCAGCUACAUGUUUAGUUUACAGACAUAAUUUGGCAUUUAUGUUCUGAUCGCAAGUGUAUUUUCCACAAUGUCGAACUUUUCCUUUAACUUACAGCCAGAGUCAAAGCAAAAGAUCAUGGCUAAGAAUUGUAAUCCUUUUUGUCUCACAUUAAAUUUGGUUUAUUGUCAGUGAGUAAAUAUUAUUUGAUUCAAGUACUCAGACGUCUUGUUUAUCUAACCUAUAGGCCAUAAAUAAAUAUCUACAUCUGUAUAUGAAUCAUGAACAUGGAUGACACAGUGACAGUGGAUUGCACUCCUUGUAACAUCUAAUAGACUUUUGAUGCUUUCACAAGCAGCAUAGAUUAUUUUGUGCAAGCCAGAGCUGACCUGUUGCAUGUUAUAUGUAGAAACACAUGUGUUAUUAAUUAAAUUCAAGCUGCAAAAUGAGUGUCCCAUUGCCCAUUCUGUUUGUCAUGACAGAAAUCCAAAGGUAUCACAUGAAAUGCAACGAUACCAAAAGAAUGAGCGGGUACAUUUAGUUAUUUAUUUGCAUUAUUUUUAUGUUUGUAAAGCCUGCAUUAUAUCAGGGGGAUUUGCUUUAUGUACUACUAGUUUUAACAGUUGUAAUAAUGUAUAAUCUAUAUUGUGGCAACUGUUCUGAGAAAGUUUGUACAUUUCCACAAAGUGAAUGAUUGCUGUGUGUAUAUGUGCACCUUUUUUUCGUGUCACACAUGCAUUAUUUUUACUAUUAAAGCUUGCAAGAAAUG